AAUUAUAUGCAACACUUGAACUUUCAAUAUCACUCUCUCUCGCUUUACCUUGCGAUUAGGUAAAAAUGUCUGCCGAAUCUCAAGUUCCAUCAUCUGCCUCCGCCGCCGACGAGCCAGAACAGCAAGGUGAUGGAGAAUCCUCCAAGGCACUUAGUAAAAAGGCAUCUAAGAAGGAAGCCGCCAAGCAAGAGAAGCUGCGACGUCGCCAGGAGGCUGCUGCAACCUCAGCAGCUCUUGCAACUUUAACGACGCAGGAAGACCCGCAUGCAACCAAUUACGGUGAUGUGACCAUCGCGGACUUGCCGGCAGUGGAGGAUCCCUCUGGUGAUAACUGGAAAAAAUCAGUGGCUAGUAAACAGCGAACAAAAGUAGGGGAAUUGGCGGAGGAGCUCGAGGAGAAAGAGGUAAGGGUACAGGGGAGGGUCCAUUCCACGCGUGCCCUAGGCAAGAAUAUUGCUUUCUUGGUGGUGAGGGAGGCAGGAUUCACUGUCCAGUGCGUGGCUACUAAAUCUGACGAGAACAAUGUUAGUGGCCAGAUGGUCAAUUUCGUCAAGGGUUUGAGUCGUGAAUCUAUUGUGGAUGUCGUUGGUGUUGUCUCCAUUCCUAAGGAUCCCCUCAAGAGCACUACUCAGCAGGUUGAGAUUCAACUGAGGAAGAUAUAUUGUGUCAGCAAAGCUUUGCCAACACUACCCAUGAACAUUGAGGAUGCUGCAAGAAGUGAAGUUGAGAUUGAAAAGGCUUUGCAGUCUGGGGAGCAGCUUGUUCGUGUUAACCAGGACACACGAUUGAACAACAGAGUUCUUGACUUUCGAACUCCGGCAAAUCAAGGGAUCUUUCGCAUUCAAUGUCAAGUUGGAAGUAUAUUUAGAGAAUUCCUGCUAAAGGAAGGUUUUGUCGAAAUCCAUACGCCAAAAUUGAUAUCGGGGUCCAGUGAAGGUGGUUCUGCUGUAUUUAAAUUAGACUACAAAGGACAACCUGCCUGCCUUGCUCAGUCUCCUCAGCUUCAUAAGCAAAUGUCCAUAUGUGGUGAUUUUGGGCGGGUCUUUGAAAUAGGUCCGGUUUUUAGAGCGGAGGACUCUUUUACUCAUAGGCAUUUAUGUGAGUUUACUGGGCUUGAUGUCGAAAUGGAGAUAACUGACCACUAUUCCGAGGUAAUGGAUAUUGUGGAUCGGUUAUUUGUUACAAUGUUUGAUAAAUUGAAUGAGAACUGCAAGAAGGAACUUGAAGCUGUGGGAAGGCAAUAUCCUUUUGAACCUUUGAAGUACCUGCCAAAGACAUUACGACUCACAUUUGAAGAACGCCUUCAAAUGUUGAAAGAUGCUGGCGGGGAAAUUGAUCCACAUGGGGAUCUGAACACGGAAGCAGAAAGAAAACUAGGCCAGCUUGUUUUGGACAAGUAUGGUACAGAAUUUUACAUAUUGCACCGCUUCCCGUUGGCUGUCAGGCCGUUCUACACCAUGCCUUGUCGUGAUAAUCCCCUUUAUAGUAACUCAUUUGAUGUCUUUAUUCGAGGUGAGGAGAUAAUUUCGGGAGCUCAGCGUAUCCAUGUUCCAGAGUUCUUGGCGGAACGUGCACAAGCAUGUGGAAUUGAUGUCAGGACGAUAUCUACAUACAUUGAUUCUUUCAGGUAUGGUGCACCCCGACAUGGUGGAUUUGGAGCAGGUUUGGAGCGAGUUGUGAUGCUUUUCUGUAACUUGAAAAACAUUCGGAAAACAUCACUUUUCCCUCGUGAUCCGCUUCGGCUUGCACCAUGAGUUUAAAUGAUUUCCAGUCACUUGAUCAUCUAUAUAUCUUUUUGGCAGCGAAAAGAAUGUUUUUCGCAGGCAUGAAAUAAAUUUUCGCUCGUAUCUUUGCGAUUUUCAGUCGAAGCUGUUGGAACAGCUACUCUUUUGUUGACCCUGAGGAGUUAUCAUUUAAUUUAUCGUAAUAGUUUUCUGAUGUAGAACGGAAUUUGCAAGAAUCUGGAGAACAUUUGAUUUUAUGUUUAAUUGAAAAAAGAAAAUUUGGGCAA